AUUCCCUCCUCCACCCUCGACUAUUAUAGAAGGUCCCCCACCUUCCUCCCGCACCUCGCGCCAGCAUUCUCACCCCUCCCUUAAUUGUUGUUUUGAGAGCACGGAAGGAACGGCGCCCAGCCCGGAGCAUCGUCCAUCAGGCCUUGUUUCCGGCAAGGGAAAAGUAAUUCCGCAGAGCAAGCAAUUGCUCUUGCGGGCUCUCGGUGACCUGUUUAGCCGUUUUCCCCCCUUCCAGGCCGCAGGUAGCCACACAGUCACACGUCGACCAAUCAUGGCGGCCCUUUACAGCGUCUUGGCGCACCGAGCAGCACGGGGAGUCUCGCGAUUUCACAAUAAGGUUGUGGGGGUAACCGUCCCUUCCGCUGACCGCCGCUUUUCGGCCGCAGCUUACAGCGAUUAUCCCGGGAAUCGGCGGACGUCUCUGCAGCAGUCUCCGCAGCAGCUGUCCGCGCGGGAGUUUCCGCAGCUGCCUCCGCUGCGGUCUCCGCAGCAGUCUCCGCAGCAGUUUCCGCCAAUGCACCUCCGCGGCGUUCAUUCCUGCGGCCGCCAAUUUUCAACUUCCGCCAUCAGCAGCGCCGGCGGAACCAUCCCGUCUCCCGGUUCCCCCGCCGCAUCCCCCUCCCCGUUGCCCACUCACGGGGAGGGGAUGGUGCUUGGGAGGGCUGCAGUCUCUGCGGCAUAUUUCACGGCGCAUUUUAUGGACGGGGGUGUGGAGGAGGUUCUGGAAUCGCGUUCCAUCCACGUGGCAGCCGCCGCCGCGUCAACUGGUGCCACGUCGUUCUGGCCGGGAACGGGCCAACUAAUCGGCACGCGCCACGCGGCAGGGAGAUUCGAUCAACAACCCUCCGCGUCUUUCGCUGCCGGCGGCCGCAGCGAGUUAAGGGAAACGGAUGUUAAAGACGACGGGGGCAGCGGCGGAGGAGAGGGGCGCGCGGACGUAAUCGAAGGCGGGGGGGGAAGCGGGGAGGCGCAAGGGCGCGCGGGGGAAUCGGGGGAAGGGUUGGGGGGGAAGAGCCACGCGCCGGAGGUGGAAUCCGCGACCAGCCUCCAUUCACAGCGCAGCAUGGCGGAACAUACUGGGGCAGUGCGGGGGGGCAUGCAGGGGGAGGGCGCGGGGGGAGGGAAGGGGGAGGCGGAAACGGGAGGAGAGGGGGGGGUAGGGGUGGGGAGGGAUGGGAGUGGGGCGAAUGGGGGAAAGAUGGGGGGAAAUGGGGGCCGAGGAGAGGGGGCGGUGUGGGUAGAUGACAUGGACGGUAAGGGGUAUGUGAGCCUAGGCCGGCCUACUAACGUGAACGGGGGAAGUGCAGAAGGAUUACUGGGGGAUCUUGCACACGUGGCACCAAUGGAUAGGCUGGACUCUGCCAGGCUGGCAGAACCCGAGCCUGACGCUGCCGCAGCCCCGGACACGGAACCCACCACUGCCGCUGCUGCGCCAGAUGAACAAGCCAGCUGUCCGCAUGCCGCGACGGGUUUGGUCGGCGCGGACGGGGGGAAGGUGGUGAACGCGAUGGGGAUGAGAGUGAGAGUUAAAGCCGAGGCGGAGCAGACGGGGGGGAGUUACAGUGUGAUGGAGUAUGAGGUGCUGGCAGGGGAGGGGUCAGAGGAGCACAUUCACACGCGCGAGCACGAGGCGUGGUUUCUGCUGGAUGGACAGAUGACGUGGACCAUUGAGCAAGAGACCUAUCAAGCCACCCAGGGCAGUUUCAUGCACAUGCCGCUGGGCCGCGCACACUCCUUCCGCAACGACUCGGGCCAGCCUGCCCGCAUGCUGGUGGUGUGCAUGCCGGGCGGGCUCGAGAAAUACUUUCUUGAAAUUGGCGAGCACGAAGCAGCGGCUGGUACUGCAUCAGUAGAUGGUGCGUCAGGUGUGGAUUCUGGUGGUGGUGGUGCAUCACGUGGAGUGCAGAAGCCAGUUGUAAACCAGGACAAGCUCCAGCAUGCGAUAAAAAAGGCCAUGCUGUACGGGCUUGUUUACCCCAAGGGAGCAGCGGCUUAGUGAGGCAUCUUGUGUUGAUGGUGUUGGGGGGUGAGGGAGGGUAUGUGUGGGGAGCAGCAGCAGCCUGUUUUGAACCAGAAUGCGCUGCAGCAUGCGGUGAAGCAUGCAAUGAAGCAUGCGGGGUGAAGCAGGCGCAGUAGCAGGCCAUGCUGUACGGGCUUGUUUACCCCAAAGGAGCAGCUGCCUAGAGAGGCAUCCUGUAUAGUGAGCUGUGCUAGCCUGUUUCUUGGGGGCUUGGCUGUGGUAUAUGGUGGCUGUAAAUAAGGGCGUGCUCAUUGGCCUUGUGUGCGCCAAAGCUGCAGUUGCCUUAUGGGCAUCUGGCGUGGAGAAUGGACACUGGUUGGUUGUGUUGUGGAUGUUCCAGAUUUGCUUAUUUGUAGCCCCCUGGGAACACGAAAUAAGAGCUGCCCGUGACUUCUAGUGCAGUGUAGUAACCU